CUGCACUUGUGCAAAGGGGAGGCAGGGGAGGGAGCGCUCCUCUCCUUCUCUCUGCAGCUUUCUCUUCCCCACCCUUUUCCUCCCAAAAGCAAAACCACCCGCUCUUCAAAAGGGGGGAGACGGGAAGCGAUCACCGGCUCCCUUUUCAGCCCAGACCAAUUUUACAGCCCAGCUACGUUUUCCUUGCAAGAGAGCCCGAUUAUAGAAGCAGCAGCCGCCGCCUCCCCCCUCCCGCUAAUUCGGCAACCAGGCGCUAGCACCCCGAUGAUCACCGGGCGCAGGCAGGGCUGCGCCCCAAAAGCUCUGCUGAGCGGGGGUGGGGGGCGAUGCAGGAUUUGCUGGGAGGAUGCUCCCUUCUCGCCCCCGGGGCACCAACUUUAAGGAGAAGUCCCGGGAUUGCAGCCUCCCUGCCUCUCCCCGCGGUACAUUUAACUUAAUGCCCCAGGACGGGCCCCAGCCAGCAGCCCCCCUGCCCCACGACUUCCUCCUCCUCGCCCCGCAGCAGCCCGGGGUGCCGGCUGGUUGGCGGUUCCGGUAGAGCCCGCGCUGCCGCGUGUCUCUGUGCGGUGCGGCGGGGAAGCGGGAGCUCGGCAUGCGGCGUCCCCUUGCACCAUGAGAUACAGCGGGGGCAGCGGCAGCAGCAGCAGCAGCAGCAGGAAGGCGGCGGCGGCCAGACCCCCGGGCUUGUCGUGUGCGAGGACGAGUUUGCCGGCUCCGGAGCCUGGCCUCCUGCGCGCGUGGAGCCGCCGCCGCCGCAGCGGCACCGGGAGGCACCACAAACCCAGCCGCCAGUGUCAGGGCGGCCGCGGCUCCCGCGCUCGGGUCGCCACAGCGGACAGCAGCAGCAGCAGCGGCUGGGCUAAGCCGGCCCGCCGCCCCCAGCGCCCCAGGAAAAGCUGGUCAGACAAUCUCAUGGAUGAAAAUGAGAAAGACAGGGCAAAGAGGGCUUCACGUAACAAGUCUGAAAAGAAGAGACGUGACCAAUUCAAUGUUCUCAUCAAAGAGCUCAGCUCCAUGCUUCCAGGCAACACCCGUAAAAUGGACAAAACUACAGUGCUUGAAAAAGUCAUUGGCUUCCUGCAGAAACAGAAUGAAGUCUCAGCACAGACAGAGAUUUGUGAAAUUCAGCAAGACUGGAAGCCUUCGUUUCUCAGCAAUGAAGAAUUCACCCAGCUGAUGUUGGAGGCAUUAGAUGGCUUCAUUAUAGCAGUCACCACAGAUGGAACCAUCGUAUAUGUUUCUGACAGUAUUACACCUCUACUUGGACAUUUACCCUGUGACGUCAUGGAUCAGAAUUUGUUAAACUUCCUCCCAGAACAGGAACAUUCAGAAGUUUAUAAAGUAUUAUCUUCUCAUAUGCUUAUGGCAGAUUCUGCCUCACCAGAUUCCCUAAAGACUGACAAUGAUUUAGAGUUUUACUGUCAUCUUCUGAGAGGAAGUUUGAACCCGAAGGAAUUUCCAACAUAUGAAUACAUAAAAUUUGUAGGAAAUUUUCGGUCUUACAGCAAUGUGCCUAAUUCCACUUGUAACUGCUUUGAUGGUGCUGUUCCACAGGCUUAUAGAACAUCACUAGGAAAACAAGUCUGUUUUGUUGCUACUGUUCGACUGGCAACACCUCAGUUUAUAAAGGAAAUGUGCAUAGCUGAAGAACCUUUAGAGGAAUUCACUUCAAGACAUAGUCUGGAAUGGAAAUUUUUAUUUCUGGAUCACAGAGCACCGCCUAUUAUAGGAUACUUGCCUUUUGAAGUGCUGGGAACUUCUGGCUAUGAUUAUUACCACAUUGAUGACCUAGAACUCUUAGCAAGGUGCCAUGAACACUUGAUGCAGUUUGGCAAGGGAAAGUCUUGUUGUUACCGGUUUCUGACCAAAGGACAGCAGUGGAUCUGGCUGCAGACCCAUUACUAUAUCACCUACCAUCAGUGGAACUCCAAGCCAGAGUUCAUUGUAUGCACACACACCGUAGUAAGUUAUGCCGAUGUUCGAGUGGAAAGGAGACAAGAACUGGCCUUGGAAACUGCACCCUCAGAAGUUGUUUCUUCAGCACUAAAGGACAGUGGCUUAGUCUUGAAUCCCGAACAGCACUUUAAUGCACUUGAAAUAGGUGUCUCAGUUCUCAACACUAGUCGAACACCCUCUGUAUCAUCUAGAAGCUCACACAAAUCUUCCAACACACCCAUGUCUGACCCUGCAUCCACACCAACAAAGCUGAUCACAGAAUCUAACGUUCCCUCCUUGCAAAGAGCACCCAGCAUACAGCAGGAUUCAUCCAUGCAAAGACUCAGUCAACCUGUCACUAUUCAGGCGUCUUUGCCUUCUCAGCCAUCAUGUGAGCUUCUCCCACAGCAGCUGCUGACCCAAGCAGCUUUGCAAAACCAGCCUACAUCUAUGGCACAGUUCUCGGCACAAUUUAACAUGUUCCAGACCAUCAAGGAACAGCUGGAGCAGCGAACUCGGAUCCUGCAGGCCAACAUUCGGUGGCAGCAGGAAGAGCUCCAUAAAAUACAGGAACAGCUCUGCUUGGUCCAAGAUUCCAGUAUACAGAUGUUUUUACAACAGCCAACAGUGUCCCUGAGCUUUAGCAACAUACAGCAGCCAGAUCCUCAGCACCUACAGCAGAGGUCAAGGGUCAUUUCUCAGCAGCAGCUUAUCCCCAGUCCUCAACUUCAAAGGCAAAUUGCAUCCUCCCAACCAGCAAACCAGCAAAUAUUAAGAGAGGCAAAUGUGAUAUCAAGCCAGGAGAAUCCAUCCUCAACAUUCUGAAGCAGGAUUCUGAAGAGUAUCCACCUUCAAGAUCACCAUCAUUUUCUGUAGUUUCAGAGUUAUCUGCCAGUGAUAGUGUUUCAGUUACAUCAUGUAUGUCACAUAGCCACAGUAUAUCACCUGUAGCAAAAAGAAAAAAAUAUCUCCAUCAUCCAGAAACAACCAUAGAUACGUUUGUGAUAAGAACCAGCAGAUUACAAAAAGAGGUAAUUGAUGAAAAAAUUGCCCAGUUUGCUUAUGCAACAAACCCUCCUUUCCAGAUGACUGAGAACCCACACUUCAUUAACUUGGUUCAGUCAUUAAGACCAAGACGGCAGGCAAAUUGCUGGAUAAAGUGUAUGAAAGAGAAAUUGAGAAGUGUGCAAAAGUUCUUAGAGGGUGAAAUUGUUAACCUGAGUCUUGAUGGGUGGAGCAAUGUCCACAAUGAUCCUCUUGCAUGUGUUUGUGUGACAACAGAAGACGGGAAUGUCUUCCUUACAGAAACAAUUGAUACAUCAGGAAAUGUACAGAAAGCAGAAUACUUACAAGAAGUAGCAGUAAAAGUGAUAACAAACUGAAAAAAAAUUCAAAUCUAGGUCACAGACAAUGCUACCAAUGUAUCCAAGAUGAGAAGAAAUUAUUUAGAAGAGAGUGAAGAGAGUCCCAAGCUAAUAACAUAGGGUUGCAGUGCUCAUUUGAUGCACCUCCUAGCCAAAGACUUCAGUGUUCCAGAAAUAAAGGGUAAUGUUGUUGAAACUGCAAAAUACUGGCCUAACCACCACUUUGCAGUAGCUGCUCUGAAAAAAGUGGGAGGAACCAAGCUAGCUCUCCCUCAAGACGUGCAAUGGAACUCAGUAGUGGGCUGUUUUGAGCACUGUAUCAAGAACUGGCCUAAUCCAAUGACAGUUUUUGAACAAAAUUGUGAAAAAAGAGAUGGCACUGUCACAGCCACAGUUCUCAACACUGGGCUUAAGAGAAAUGUUGAACACAUGCUGAGCACCCUGAAGCCUAUUUCUGUAGCCUUGAACAAAAUGCAGGGAAAUAGCUGUUUUAUUGCGGACGCUGUUGAAAGUUGGAAGGAACUGAGUGAGAGCUUAAAAAGCGAAAUAUGCAAUGACAGAGUUAAAUUACAAGCAUUAAAAAAACAAAUGGAACACGCACGAUCGCCAGCUCAUUUUCUUGCAAAUAGUCUCAAUAUUUGGGACCAGGGUCAAACCUUAACUGCUGAAGAAGAGGAGUUGGCUAUGAUGUGGACAUCCAGCAAUCAUCCUUCCAUAAUGCCAACUAUAAUAAACUUCAGAGCUAAGGAUGAACCAUUCAAGAAAUAUAUGUCUGCUGAUGAUAUUUUUAAGAAAGUCACACAAGUGAACUGGUGGAAGUCACUUAAGUACUUGGAUUCAGAGACUGUUGAAGUAAUAAUCUCACUUUUAACAGCAGUAGCUUUUUCUGCUGCUGUAGAAAGAAUAUUUUCUUCCUUUGGACUAAUUCAUUCCAAAUUGAGAAAUCGUUUGGGACCUGAAAAAGCAGGAAAGCUUGUUUUUCUUUUCCAGAUUAUCAACAAACAGGAAAAUUGAAGGUGAAGAUGACUGAGUUAGCUGCAGAAGCCAAUAUUUUAAGUUUCUCAUGUUGACCUGGCUGACACAGUUGAUUUAAUUUUUUUUUAUAUUUUAUUUAACCAUUUUAGUUAAAAACAAUUUUAAGAAAAACAAACCUGAUUUUAAAAAACGUGAAUGUUUAACUAAAUUCAAAAAUGCAUAUUCUUGUUUUGUUAAAAUAUUAUGUUUGCUGUUGAAGAAAAAAAUCCAGAAUGCAUAACGUUGUGUUUUUAGUUAAAUAAAACAAUUUAAAUGUC